GCAAUGCCUUCAACACGGAGCACGCCACCUACAGAGAACGUGGAGCGACUCCAAGCACUGCUGCGCAAGACGCUACGUGUCUCUGUGACCGACGGACGCGUCUUUCUGGGCACGUUUGCAGGCACGGACAAGCAACUCAACAUACUGCUCAUCAACACGGACGAGUACCGUCUCGGGCCGGAUGCUGGCUCAGAUGGACUAGAUGGACGCUAUGUCGGGCAGGUCAUGAUUCCGUGGCGGCUCGUCGUGCGCGUCGAGACCAACGCAGAGGGCGAGCAUACAAGGAGCAGUAGCUAUCGUGAUAGCGACGAGGACAGCAUGUAUGCUUGAAAAACCUGAGCGACACAAAUCGGGUUUCCUACAGAGCAACACGCUUGCUGGGGUUCUGGCCGGAUCAUUCAUCUGCACCCCGAGGACUUGCCGUGACCGGUUUGCGACGUCGAGACGAACCCUCCUGACUCGCCGCCGCGUCCGCCAGAGUGGUUCAAUGGGGUUCACCCCCCUUAAAUCGCUAUGUUGGGCUUUACAGAUCGCAUGGGGCACAAUGAUCCCUGUUCUGCGGCUACCCUUCCAAACGAGGCAGGGCUUGUUCCCAGGAUGACUGCGAGCGGUGAGAGGGAUUGUGACCGCAUAGCAAUAUUCGGCGUCGACCCAAUCAAACCUCACUGCAGCUUACUUGUCAUUCGGGGCAUGAUCGUAUCGAGUUUCUCCCUGAUGUUCCAAUACGUCGCCAUCGACAACUAUACGAACCGAGAAUUUACUGCUCGGGCACCGCACAGCAAAUAAUCCGGU